GAAACCCUACGAACCCAGAUUCAGGAAUUAAACAAAAUUACAAGUAAUGAGAAAACUAUGAACUCAUCUGAAAAGGUGUUAGUCUUACACGGCCUAGCAGAAAACUACUGGGAAAGCGAAAAUGACAUCAUAGAAAAAAUUUCCAACAUUUGCUACGACCUCUUAUACUUUAACGUAGCGGGAUAUAUAGAUACAAUAUCAUUUAUCGGCAAAAAAGGAAGAACUAGACCAGUCAAAAUUGAAUUUAUAUGUAAAAGGGUAAAAAAAUAUAUAUUGGAAAACAGUGAAACCUUCAAAGAAGCGGGCCUUAGCGUAACUGAAUUCCUCAGCCCUGCGGACCUGAAGAAAAAGCAGGAACUACGACGAAUCCUACAAAAAGCAAGAAGAGAAGGCUGUCACGCAACAAUUAGAAAUGACCGUUUAUUUAUAAAUGGAAAACCGUACAUUGAAGAAACCGGAAGCACCCACGUCAUGAAGCAACCCGCCGAGGACACCGUAACCUGCUCACAAGUGCACAAAAUGAACGACCGACAAAAAGUACCCGAGCUACAGUCGCUACAGACAAUACCUACUCACUCAUCGGCUCCGCUGGCAUCGACGUCAAGUACGACAACUCAACCUCCAAAUGAAGACGCUACAAGAAAAACAUUUUUUCGAGCCUAACUUCGGCAUUUUGUACCAAAAUAUGCAAAGCGUAUGGAAUAAAAUUCAUAUAUUAGAGGCAUUUACAGAAGAUUAUCCACAAACCCACGUCAUAUGUGUUUCUGAGUCAUGGUUAAAUAAAAUAAAAAAAGACUUAGUAAACAUUACUAACUAUAACAUAUGCUCGUUCUUUUGCCGCGAACAUCAUGAAGGCGGCGGUGUAUUCAUAAUGUUAAAGCGUGGUAUUGAAUAUUUUGAGAGGCCUGAUAUUACAUCAUUAUCUUUAGAAAUGAUUUUCGAGAUAGUAGUGAAAAACAUAGAAUAUGUAACUUGAUGCUAUCGCAUAAUUUCCACCAAAGAGU